AUGAUUUGUAGUUUAAAUUCACAACUCACCAUCAGACCAGACCAUUUUACACAGAAGUCUACAAUCAUGCAAGCUUUGGCUGUUUUACUCGUUAUAUCUUUUAUUGGUCUCUCAGUGGCUACUGUACUAUCUCCAGAGGUCCAAGCGAAAAUAUUAAGUAUUGGUAAAAAAUGUGUAGAAGAAACAGGAGUAGAUGUCAGCAAACUAUUGGAACUGCAAACCGGCAAUUUUGUCGAAGAUCAAAAAGUAAAAGAGCAUCUCCUCUGUAUGUCUAAGAAAAGCGGCGCUCAAAAGGAAAAUGGCGAUUUUGAUGAGGAUUUAAUUAGAAAAACUUUAAUUGAUAUUUCCAAAGAUCCAGCAAAGACAGAUGAAAUAAUAAAGAAGUGCAUGAUCAAAAAACCAUUGCCUGAAGACUCUACAUUUGAGAGCUGUAAGUGUCUGUAUGGCGAAGUGCCCAAAGAAGAGAUAAUGGCUUUAAAAGAGUAA